GGAAUUCGGAAAUAUGAUCCCCACCACAGUUGCAACAUUUUACAUUCACACUCUUCAAUAACAUAUUCAUUCCGUCUGCAAACACUUUACACAUGGCCAAACUUCUUACACGAACGUUCUUACGGCGUAUCUUAUAUAUAUCCCAACUUUACAUAGGGUGGUAAACACUCAACCAUCAAUAAUACAGAAACGUUGCUCCUUUUCCCCAUUCUCCAUACGGGUCAAGCGACGUGCAUUAACUACUCCUGGAAUUUUUAGCCUAAGAUAUUGAUUAUCAAUGUCCAAAGGGACGCCAGAGAUAACAUAUUUUACCGGUGCCCUGCUCCGAAAAUCAAAGCUGUUCACUUCAUGCAUCGAUAAUUCCGCGAGCCACAAUGCACACUCCUUUUGCUCUUUAGAUACACACGAUAUCAACACCAUACCACUCCUGGUUACUUUGACUGCAUCUACUUUCCCCAACGCCUUCUUCACCAUCCUCGUGACUUCAAAAGGGUUUCCCAAAUAAACAUCCUUAUCCAAAAAACGUACUCCAACAAGCAGCGAUUCAUCAGACUCAUUUUCCACAUAUUUUUUUGCCCUUUUUGUUCCAUUCUUGGACUUCACUGUUGUCCAGUUAUCUUUCUCGCUAACUGUACUCGACGUCCUUUCAGUUUCAAACGACACUUCUGCUUCCGCCAUCUCCCCUUCUCCCUACCCUGAAGAUCACUGACGUCAUGAUUGAAACUCUUUUUCUUGUUGUUUUGAACUCGGCAAAAAAAAUUUGAUUAGGCAAAAGUACAAACCAAUCUGGGACCAGGCUAAAUUGAAAGUUGGGAAAAGGUUGGAUUUGAAAAUGAAAGGACUGUCUUGAUAAGUAGAUUUGGGAAAUUGUGGAGGUCUGCUGAAUCAGUCAUCAUUCUGAUAUCAAUGUAUGACCACUGUCCAUGAAGGAGAGGAAAGGAGGAAAAUUGGGGUCGCGGGAUUUUGGGCAGAACGCGAGAUUUCCCAUGUGACCAAGGGAACCGUGUUUUGUUGCUGGCUGGCAUGACUUUCUAAACCACUAUCUCGCUAGCUAGCACGUGAGCAUAUUUGCAAUUCGCAUGGAGCUUCCAGAGCCGAUCAGAAGACGUUUAGGAGACUUUUCCAGAACUGUGUUUGUUGAUCAGAGUCAUACUCAACCAUCUCCCGAAGAUGUCACGUUUUUGGGGCACAACAGUGAGGUUGUCUCCAGCCUGCCUCUCCAGAUGUCACUGUUCUUCAACAUGUGUUUUUUCCCACUGUGGUGGAUCAGCGAGGUGGUGAUGCUGCACCUCAAGUAUCCAGCCCUUCCUGACUACUAUAAGUUCAUCCUCAUCACCAUUCUCAUUCUGAUGACUCUCAUAGAGGCUAUCAGACUCUACCUAGGCUAUGCAGGAAAUUUGCAAGAGAAGGUUCCUGAGCUGGCUGGUUUCUGGCUCCUGAGUCUCCUGCUGCAGUUUCCUUUGAUUCUGUUUCAGCUCUUCAACCAAGCCAUUCUGAUCCAACCUCUGGAGAGAGGGGUUCACAUCAUUCUGGCCCUGUUCAUACUCACACAGGCCCUCUCUGGCUUUGUGGCUCUGCGUGGGAUGGUCAGACACACAGAGAGCCACUUCCACCUCAGACAGUUUGAUGGGGUUCAGGACCUGAGGGCAGCCUGACUGCUCUGCUGAGCUGACACGCAGAGAUAGAGGUACUCAGGUGUAAAUCUCCCAUUGAUGUUGAUUAUCAUUAAGGAGAAAUUUGAGUUGCUUAAGUGUAUCUCAAGUUAGAAUUCAGCUCUGUGUUUUAUCAGUGGACCAUGUUCAGCCAUUUACACAGAUGUAUUUUAUUGAUGUUUGUGCCUUGAGUGAUUAUUUUUAUUUUUGUAUUGAUGUGAAGACAAUAAAGGUUUGGGGUUUUA